AAACGUGAGGAAACUUUUUCCCAAUUAGGGGCGAGCUCGAGACUUAGAGGUUGGAGUCUUCGUCCUUUGGUUUUAAACAUUAAAUUUUACCAUAAAAUAAUUAACAUAAAGUUCACGAUCGUGUAAAAAUUUUACUGUAAGAGCUCAUUUCAUCGAAACGAGUAGCUUAAUUUGCUGUUGUUAGCGAUGGAGGUAAAUAAUGGCAUGAGAAGUAAAAUCAGUGUGGAUGCAAACAGAGCAAAGAUGCCAUUUGAUCUGUUUCAUAGCGGGGGAUCGGACUCAUGCUACUCCACAUACAAGUUCGAGAACGAUUAUAGUGAAGAUAGUGGAAGAGACUCUGAGACUUUUACCCCAGAUAUCUCUUUCUAUGAGCCACUGCCUCUACCCUACCAUUCGUGGUCAGUGAAGGAUGAAUCUUAUCAACUGAGGGAUUGUGCCCCAAAAAACAGGAAUCUUAAAGACGGCGUGGACUGUGGAAGUGAGGCUGAUCUCUAUGGAUUAGUCUCCACCAUCUUGGAAGACGUCGACCCGAUGGACUCGUACUUCUCUCAAGAUAAAAUAUCAGCUGAUAUUUCGACUGGGUGGUCCCCAAAGUCCCAGAAGGAGAACAACUUGCACUAUCUUAAUUCUGAGGUAAAGGUACACUCCAGUUCUGGACUGCAGCACAAUCCCGAGCAUGGCAUCAAACUCCAUUCUCGUCCAAUGGAAAGGGACCUCGAUCAAAGCGAUGACAUGUUACUGGAUUUCAGUGGCUUUGAAGCUGCUGACCCAUCCUGGCUUUUUUCCACCUGUAAUGGAGAAUAUGAAUAUGAAUCCUACACCCCAGCUUUCCCAAAUUUACCCAGACCACCUCCUGGUCUUGAUAUAUCACAUGUUGUGAGGUCCCACUUCUCCAAGAGCAGACCAGGUAAAUCAGAGAAUAACGUGUCUGUGAAAGAUAGGAGCUUUCGCAUCAACAAUGAUGAGAUGUCAGUGGAUGCUUUUAAUGACCAUUACUGCCUUCCAACCACAAUGAAUGACUCUUAUUUCAGCCCAUUCCAAAAUGUCUCUAACUUGAGUGAACGUAAACUCAAAAAGAACAGUUCACAACAAUUCUCUAUGCAGGAUGCCAGCAAGCUGGCCAACAACAUGGAAGCUCUUCUUAUGGUGGACCAGCAGGGCAUGAAUAAUAGAGAUUUUGCUAAGAUCAAUGCCAUGAAAGUUCAGGAUGAAAACAUUAGUGAUUUGAAGCGUGUACCUCUCCAAAGGAUGUCAGCAUUUGAAGCUCAUAUUGCAAGCCUUAAAAAACAACUAACAAGGGAGCAAAAAGAUGGUGAGGUUGGGAAUAUAACUACUAAAGAGUUUUCUGAUUUUGACCAGCAGUCAGCAGACUAUUUUGAAGCUCUUAAACCCUCCUUAUCCUCUUUUAACUUUGCAACUAACCAAAGCAAUGUAGCCAACCAGAGAGAUGCAAGGCAUCUCGAAGCCAGCCUUCAUCAGUACCAUCAUGAGCUGUCAAACCAGUAUCACUCUUAUACCAAGCCUCCCUCCAAAACAAGCAUCCACAACGAUUCUCAGGGUAUGUCUAAAUUCAUGUCUCAGUUCGGGUCUGAGUUUGUUCCUGCUCUGUCCCAGCAACAGAUGCAGAGGACUGUGCCUAGAGCAUUCAGUGAUUUUGGGCAGAGCGAUGGGAGGAUGUGUCGCAUGGACUUGGGUUUGGGUCUGAAGGACAUGGGGAAGAUAGGAGGCACUGUAGACAAAGGAGAGUUUGAGAUACAGUCAGAGAUGGGCAGGUUGCAGACACCUUCAGCCACAGGCGUUAUAGCUGGUGCUCACCCCUCUUCUCGUUUUGGAGUUAAACCAAAAUCACCAGCUGGCUUUCCCAAAGAGGCAGACACGAAAAAAGGUCUGCUGCAAAACCCGUAUCAGAUCCAAGGCGGUAUGUAUGCAGGUCAGGCCAGACACAAUGGAGCCAAACUUGCACCAUCCCAGAUGUUUCCUUGCUUGUACCAGAUGGGAGUUUCUGGACAGAACCCCUGUCACAUGUUCCCUUCCCGAUCCCCGCUGACCUACAAUGGCUCUGUGCCUGUAUUGGAUAUGACUGAACACAGGCCAGAUGCAGAAUUCCCACCCCUAAACCCCUAUCUUCAGGAGAUGGUGGGGCCAAACCUAGCAGGAGUAGAUGGGCCCUUUUCUCGGUUCAUCUCCAACCUGAGGUCAUCCAACCAAAGCAUGAGCCAGCUACAAUAUUAUCUGGAAGAUUGCUAUGAACAGUGGAAAAUUUUGGAGAAAGAGAGAAAGAAAGCAGAAGCUCUCCUGCUAAAGAGCUUCCCAGGCAAGUGUAUGUCUGUGACGAACACUAACUCUGUCCCCAAGUUGCCUCCUAACCCCACCAGAGUGGACAAGCUUAUAGUGGACCAGUUUCGGGAGCAAGCAAAGGUGGUGAGCUUGUUGGGGAAGGUGGAGCGCUUACGGAGCUUUCCUCUCCAUGCUAAUAUCAGUUCAACACUGGAUAGGCACCUAGAAGCUAUCUAUAUCACCCAGGCUCGCCGCAAGGACGAGCUCCGCAACAGCAGUAGACAGAGACCGGGUGUGGCCAACCUCCGAGGGGACAGAGAUAUUUUGCUUCUCGCCUGUGCCCUGAAGGACCUGAGCAGGAGCACCAGGUCAUCUUGCACCGCUCUGUGGUGCGCUCUGCAGAUGACCGUUUCCAAAAUAAACAUCAGCGCCAAGGACGGAGAAGAGGGGAACACUUCUUCGGUUUUACAGCACGACAGUUGUGACCAGAUCGACCUUGAAAAAGCGCUGUGACUUUUUUGCGAGGCAGUUGUUCCUCUUUUUGUGUGUGAGUACAAUUCUAAAGGGAACGCUCAGUGAGGUGCUCAGUGGAGUGGGUGAAUAUUGUUACGUACGUUAUUAGACUGCAGUGAAAUCUGUAGUACAGUAGGCUCAGUUCAGAGCAAUAGAUGGAAUCCUCAGUUCAGUAUCAUUUAUUACUAAAUAAUUCCAAAUGAUAUAUACGGUCAUACAAAUAGGGUCAAUUUUCCCAAGGGAUAGUGGUCGAAAGAGAUCAUUGCCCAGUCAGUUGGUUGGUGGAUUUUGCAUAAGAAAGAAAAGAGAGGGAGAGGGAGAGAGAGGGAGAAGAUGGAUCAGAAGAGUUAGUGUGUGACAAGAUCCAGGAACAGAACAGGGAUGUUUUAUGUGUGGAAAAAAAAGUGAUCAUUGGAAAGGAACGUAAAGGUCAGCGAGUUUGAAGAAUAACGAGAUUGUCACCCUCUUGACCUUAGAUUUUAGUAGCGUUUACUCCCACCAGAAACGCACAGCUUUAAAAAGUAAUUAAUUCUGGAUUAGUUUCACUUUGACGGUUUGAUUAGCGUGUGCGUCAAAGAAAUGCAAAUCCCGGGAGUAAACUGUAAGUUCAGGCUAUUUAUAACUUUAAUGUCCUUGUAUUUUACCUAUUUAUUGCAGCUUAGUUAUGUUGCAGCAUUUGGUUUUGAAUAAUCAUACCUGUAAAGUAUUUACUUUCUGAGAUUCCGGUAGUUUUCGUUUAUUUAUUUUCAAUAAGCCGUAUUUUAACUUGAGAUAAACGCUAAAUUAGUCCUGUGUAUGAAGUACAGAACAUCUCAAGACAGGAAACAUCUCCAGAUUUUUUUUUUUCAGUAUUUAACAAUCUUGUUGAAUCAUAUUGCUGUUUAUUUGAAGUUAAGAAAGACCAAAUCCCUCUGAAAACCUGGGAAGAAUGAUGACCUCUGUGUGAACAGAUAAUGACGUGCCAGGGACCGUCAUUGUUCUAAUGACUAUUUUAAUGUUUCUGUUUGCGAUUAACGUUUGCAUUGCUUUUUUUUUCUUUUCCGUUAUUACUGGACACAUUGAAGAACAAUAAAAGAGCAGAAAUCCA